UUCGUAUAUUUGGCGAGAUUUUGAUUUAUCCCCAAUUUUAUAUUUUGAAUAAAUUUUGAAAGUAUGUCGAGAUCCAAUAACAUUUAGUAGUAUUUGGAAAGCUUUAUUCAAUAUGGGUGCUUUCCAAUUGAAAGAUCUCUAAACAAAUAUUGUGCACAAUUAUCUACGCACUGUUGUUCCAAUUACGACACGAGACGACAAACGCGUACACAGAUAUAGUGUUUAUCCCUAGAUUUUAAUUGCGCUACGUUCACGGUGUAAAGUAUCCGAAUGGACCAAACCAAGAGUAGGAAAUUCAAAUCUUGUGUCGAAUUUGUGGAAAUGUACUAAAAUCUCUAGCUCUUUAACCAUUUUACUACACGGCCUGUUCCAAUUGACCUGAAAACUUGUGUGUAGACGUUUGUGGACAUAUUUCGACACAAGUCAUGUAAUUGGAAAGCACCCUAAGUCAUUGAUAGAAGCAAGCUUCGUGGAUUGAGUUAAAAUUCUGGUUAUUCCGGAAUGAAACGGGGCAACAAAUAGAGAAAUAUUACUUCUCCUGCCUGAAGAUGACAUCAGAGUCUUCAGAUGAAGUGCUGAACGUUCUUUCUAGGGUAGGGAACCUUCGGCUUGGUAGUAAUGAAGCUGAAGAGUCUCAAAAUGUUGAAACAGAACUUGGAGAAGCUUCUUCGGAGUCACCGCAAAAUAUGCAAUCCUUAGGAAACGUUACUUUUUCUCGUGUACGUCGUGCUCUUCCUUAUUCCUGUGACGAAGACCUGCCUUCAACUUCUCAGGCUAGAGUUAGAGAUUCAUCCUCUUCGAGUUCUGAUAACACUUCAUCUAACUCUGCAAACUCACCGCAACAAGAAGCUAGACCAGCAAGUCGUAUAGUGGCAGAGAAUGCACCUGGACAUCAUGCUCCUUCUAGAGCUACGUACAAUUGGCAGGGCAAUAAAGCCACUAUGCGAGAGAGAUUUGCAUUCCUCUUUAACAAUCAAAUUCUCUCGGAUGUCAGCUUCUUGGUAGGAAGUGGGGCUCAGCAACAACGUAUACCAGCCCACAAGCUGGUUCUUUCUUCAGGAAGCGCAGUUUUUGAUGCAAUGUUUAAUGGCACACUUGCUACAUCGUCAGCAGAAAUAGAAGUCCCUGAUGUUGAACCAGCAGCUUUCCUAGCUGUGCUACUAUUCCUUUAUACAGAUGAAAUACAAAUAGAUCCAGAAACAGUUAUGACUACAUUAUAUACGGCAAAAAAAUAUGCAGUCUCUCCUCUAGAAAAACAUUGUGUUGAUUUUUUGAGAACAAAUUUAACCAGUGACAAUGCAUUUUUACUUCUAACUCAAGCUCGCUUAUUUGACGAGCCACAGUUAGCAGCGGUCUGCUUAGAUACAAUUGAUAAAUUUACAACUGAUGCCCUUAAUGCUGACGGAUUUACAGACAUCGACAUUGAUACUCUAAUGGCUGUGCUCGAACGGGACACACUUCGUGUUAGAGAAUCCAAAAUAUUCCAGGCUGUCGUGAGAUGGUCUAAAGCGGAAUGUGCCAGACAGCAAUUACCAGUCACACCAGAGAAUCAACGUGCAGUUUUAGGACGAGCUCUUUCGUUAGUCCGAUUUCCAUUGAUGUCCGUGGAAGAAUUUGCAACUGGUCCAGCCCAAUCCGGAUUACUUCCUGAUCGUGAGAUAGUUUUGCUCUUCAUUUAUUUUACAGUAAACCCAAAACCUGUGGCGUCAUUUGACGUCAUGCCUCGAUGUUGCAUGAUGGGCAAAGAACAAACAGUUUGUAGAUUUAUGCAGACUGAUAAGAAAUGGGGCUACACUGGAACCAGUGAUCGGAUUCGGUUUAGUGUCGACCGUCGUAUAUUCGUUGUUGGUUACGGCGUCUACGGUAGCUAUCAUGGUCCAGCUGCUUAUACCGUUCUUAUAGAACUGAUUCAUGCGGCUUCCGGUAAAGUCAUCGCUACUAAUUCUACCGAAUUUAGUUGUGAUGGUUCCAGUUAUACGUAUCGGCUAAUGUUCAAAGAACCUGUUGAGAUUCUGCCCAAUACAAUUUAUACAGCAUCCGCACUGCUGAAGGGUCCGGAUUCUUAUUACGGCAGACAAGGUUCGCGAAAGGUCAUGGUAGAUUGUACAUCAGGACACGGGAAAGUAAACUUUCAAUUUUAUUAUGCAGCUGGUGAUAAUAAUGGAACUACCAUUGAGGAGGGACAGAUUCCUGAAUUAAUUUUUUACAUUUAACAAAUAUCACCUGUGUAAUUUUUUACAUUCCUCUUCCAACACUUGCAUGACUUGUCUUUCUACUGAACCAACCACUUUCUUUUUUUUUCUAUCCCCGGGAUCACUAAAUUAAAACCUUUUUCGCAGAGUAUUCAUGCUUUCAGUAAAUAUUAACAGAAACAAAAACACAGAAAUUACCAGUGCCAGUGUUUCUAUUAGCGUUAUAUAACAUUUUUGAAUCUAAUGACUUAAUCAUGCUUUCGCUUUUCGACGUCUGGAUGCAGAGUUGGUAAUAUUCAUUGUCUAUUUGUUUUCUUGCCCGGGAAGACAGAUUUCUGAUUUAUUCGGAUGAAAGACCAAAAAAACAAUUUCUACGAUAAUGUAGAAUAUUAGAUCAUUCGUGGAAUAAAUAAUAUUCUACGGCACGCCGUUGGCUUCAAUUUUAUUUUUCUAAUUUGUAUCAUUUUCGUGUAGACGUGCUCAUUGUUUUUGCGGCUUUCAAGAGUAGAAUAACGAAAGAAGGAAAAAGAAUCCCCGUACGAUUUUAGAAUUAACAUCUUUUCGUAUUCUAACUGUGAUAUUAUUUAAAAUACAUUUUCAAUGUAUUCCUUAAUCCUUCCCUUAAUCCAUUUGCAAGCGUCCACACAAUAUUUCCUGAUGCUACUCAUGUAGGUUUGACAAGUAGCGUUUUAUUUAAUUCACUGUCUGCGUCUAUAUAAGGAUCUAAUAUUCUUAUUACAAUUAGUACAGUACAAAUUAUCCAAUGUUAUUGCGUCAAUAAUUAUUACUUUAAUUAUGCAAAAACAAAAAUGAUAUUCACUAUUUGUAAAAUUCAUUUACACCUUGUUUUAUCAAGUAUACGAUAUAUUUUUUUAAUCAAUAUAUAAUGCGCUCAAUUAAUGAAUCUAAAUCUAAAUUUAUAAUUUAUAACGACGUUUUGUUUAUACUAAUUGCAAUGGUAAUUGGUUUGGUGCAAUUAUUGUGUAUGCCAAUAGAACGGAUUAUUGAUUACGCAUAUUUUUAAUAGUAAAUUAUAUCAAAUAAAUAAUCAGAGAUAUAAUAUAUUAUUAUACCUGUAGCACUGUUAAUGUACUACUAUUUGAGAUCAUUUAAAUAAAGUGUAAAUAUAUUUAA